CGCCUGUUCUGUCGGUUUGUGACCUUACCGACCUCGGGAGUCAUAGGAAGGAUGCCGGGGGACCCAGUAACUGUAGGAAUGGACUCAGUGGCCAUUGAGGAUGUGACUGUGAACUUCACCCUGGAGGAGUGGGCUUUACUGGAUCCUUCACAGAAGAAACUCUACAGAGAUGUGAUGUGGGAAACCUUCAGGAACCUGGCCUCAAUAGGAAAAACAUGGGAAAAUCAUGAUAUUGAAGAUCAAUACAAAAAUCAAGGGAGAAAACAAAGAAGUCAAAUGGUAUUGAGACUCUGUGAAAGUAAAGAGGGUAGUCAAUGUGGAGAAACCCUCAGCCUUACUCCAAAUCUCAAUCUGAAUAUGAAAAUGACUGUAGCAAAACCAUGUAAAUAUAGUGCAUGUGGAAAAGUCUUCAUGCAUCAUUCAUCCCUUAAUAGGCACGUCAGAUGUCACACUGAACACAAAGCAUAUGACUAUCAAAAAUAUGGAGAGAAGCCAUAUAAAUGUAAGCAAUGUUGGAAAGCCUUCCCUUUUCCCAGUGCUCUUCGGAAACAUGAAAUAACUCAUACUGGAGCAAAACCCUAUCAAUGUAAAAAAUGCAGUAAAGCAUUCACUUCUUCCAGUUCUCUUCGAGUACAUGAAAGAAUUCAUACUGGGGAGAGACCCUAUGAAUAUGGACCUUAUAAAUGUAAGGAAUGUGAGAAAGUAUUUAUUUCUCCUAGUGCAUUUCGAAUACAUGAAAGGAGUCACACUGGAGAGAAACCCUAUGAAUGUAAAAAUUGUGGUAAAGCAUUCAGUCAUCCCAGAACUCUUCGAAUGCAUGGAAGAACUCACACUGGAAAGAAACCCUAUAAAUGUAAGGAAUGUGGGAAAGACUUUAUUGCUCUCACAAACCUUCGAGUACAUGUGAUCACUCACACUGGAGAUGGACCUUAUAAAUGUAAGGAAUGUGGAAAAGUUUUCAUUCAUCCCAGUUCAUUUCAAAUACAUGAAAGGAGUCACACUGGAGAGAAACCCUAUGAAUGUAAAGAAUGUGGGAAAGCCUUCAGUUUGCACACUAACUUAAAAAAAUACAAAAGAACUCACACAGGAGGAAUACCAUUUGUGUCUAAGGAAUGUGAUAAUGCUUUUAUUUCUCCUCAGGUUUUCCAAAUACAUGAAAGAAAUCACACUAGAGAGAAAUUCUAUGAAUGUAAAAAGUGCAAUAAAGCACUCACUUCCUCCAUUUCUCUUCGAAGACAUGAAAGAUAUCACACUAGAGGGAAACCCUAUGAAUGUAAAAAAUGCAGUAAAACAUUCUGUUAUCCCAGUUCUCUUCAAGUACAUGAAAGAACUCAUACUGGAGAGAAACCCUAUGAAUGUAUGGAAUGUGGGAAAGCCUUUACAUCUCCUUCAAGCCUUCGAUCACACGUGAUCUUUCACACUGGAGAUGGACCUUAUAAAUGUAAGGCGUGUGAGAAAGUGUUUAUUUCUCCCAGUGCAUUUCGAGUACAUGAAAGGAGUCACACUGGAGAGAAACCCUAUGAAUGUAAAGAAUGCAGUAAAGCAUUCAGUUGUACCAGUUCUCUUCGAGUACAUGAAAGAAUUCAUACAGGAGAGAAACCCUAUAAAUGUAAAAAAUGCAUUAAAGCCUUCACUUCUUCCAGUUCUCUUCGCGUGCAUGAAAGAAUUCACACUGGAGAGAAGCCGUAUGAAUGUAAGGAAUGUGGGAAAGCCUUUAUAGAUCCCUCAAGCCUUCGAACACACGUGAUGAUUCACACUGGAGAUAGACGUUAUAAAUGUAAGGAAUGUGAGAAAGCAUUCAUGUAUCCCACAUUACUUCGAAGACAUGAAAGAAGUCACACUAGAGUGAAAACCUAUGAAUGUUAAGAAUAUGGGAAAGCCUCCAGUUCUAUCCAAAUACAUAAAAGAAAUCACACUGGAGAGAAACUGUAUGAAUGUACAAAAUGUAGUAAAGCAUUUGGUUUUCCCAGUUCUCUUUGAAGACAUGAAAGAAUUCUUGCUGGAGAGAAACCCUAUGGAUGGCAGGAAAGUGGGACAGCCCUUAUUUGUCAAGCAAACUUUUGAGGAUAUGUGAGAAUUCACACUAGAGGAAAAGCCAUAUAAAUGUAAUGAAUGUGGGAAAGACUUAUGUUAUCCCAGUUCUUUCUGAAAGCAUAAAAGAAAUCACUUGAUUAAAAUGUCUUGAAUGUAAACAAUGUGGGAAAGACUUCAAAUGGCUUACGUCAUUAUAUGUGAAAUUCCCACCAAAAAAAUUUAAAUAUAAGUCAUAUGAGAAAACUUG